GUGUGAGCGCGCCCAGGCCCGGCCCGGUGCCCGGCGGGCGGCAGCAUGUCCGCGGGCGGCAGCGCCAGGAAGAGCACCGGGAGGCCCUCCUACUACUACCGGCUGCUGCGGCGACCCCGGCUGCAGCGACAGAGGAGCCGCUCCCGCAGCCGGACCCGGCCCGCCAGGGAGUCGCCCCAAGAAAGGCCGGGCUCCCGGCGCAGCCUGCCCGGCAGCCUGUCGGAGAAGAGCCCCAGCAUGGAGCCCUCGGCUGCUACACCGUUCCGGGUCACGGGCUUCCUCAGCCGCCGCCUCAAAGGCUCCAUCAAGCGCACCAAGAGCCAGCCCAAGCUGGACCGCAACCACAGCUUCCGCCACAUCCUGCCGGGGUUCCGGAGCGCCGCCGCCGCCGCCGCCGCCUCCGCCGCCGCGGACAAUGAGAGGUCCCAUCUGAUGCCGAGGCUGAAGGAGUCUCGCUCCCACGAGUCCCUGCUCAGCCCCAGCAGCGCAGUGGAGGCGCUGGACCUCAGCAUGGAGGAGGAGGUGGUCAUCAAGCCUGUGCACAGCAGCAUCCUGGGCCAGGACUACUGCUUCGAGGUGACGACGUCGUCAGGAAGCAAGUGCUUCUCUUGCCGGUCAGCAGCCGAGCGGGAUAAAUGGAUGGAGAACCUGCGGCGAGCGGUGCACCCCAACAAGGACAACAGCCGGCGUGUGGAGCACAUCCUGAAGCUGUGGGUGAUUGAGGCCAAGGACCUGCCGGCCAAGAAGAAGUACCUGUGCGAGCUGUGCCUGGACGAUGUGCUCUACGCCCGCACCACGGGCAAGCUCAAGACGGACAACGUCUUCUGGGGCGAGCACUUCGAGUUCCACAACCUGCCUCCUCUGCGCACCGUCACCGUCCACCUGUACCGGGAGACCGACAAGAAGAAGAAGAAGGAACGCAACAGUUACCUGGGCCUGGUGAGCCUGCCUGCUGCCUCGGUGGCCGGGCGGCAAUUCGUGGAGAAGUGGUACCCAGUGGUGACGCCCAACCCCAAGGGCGGCAAGGGCCCAGGGCCCAUGAUCCGCAUCAAGGCGCGCUACCAGACCGUCACCAUCCUGCCCAUGGAGAUGUACAAGGAGUUUGCCGAGCACAUCACCAACCACUACCUGGGGCUCUGCGCAGCCCUCGAGCCCAUCCUCAGUGCCAAGACCAAGGAGGAGAUGGCGUCGGCCCUGGUGCACAUCCUGCAGAGCACGGGCAAAGUGAAGGACUUCCUGACAGACCUGAUGAUGUCAGAGGUGGACCGCUGUGGGGACAACGAGCACCUCAUCUUCCGGGAGAACACGCUAGCCACCAAGGCCAUCGAGGAGUACCUCAAGCUGGUGGGCCAGAAGUACCUGCAGGACGCACUAGGUGAGUUCAUCAAAGCACUGUAUGAGUCAGACGAGAACUGCGAAGUGGACCCCAGCAAGUGCUCGGCCGCUGACCUCCCCGAGCACCAGGGCAACCUCAAGAUGUGCUGCGAGCUGGCCUUCUGCAAGAUCAUCAACUCCUACUGUGUCUUCCCUCGGGAGCUGAAAGAGGUGUUUGCCUCGUGGCGGCAGGAGUGCAGCAGCCGCGGCCGGCCAGACAUCAGCGAGCGGCUCAUCAGUGCCUCCCUGUUUCUGCGCUUCCUCUGCCCGGCCAUCAUGUCGCCCUCACUCUUCAACCUGUUGCAGGAGUAUCCUGAUGACCGCACUGCCCGCACCCUCACCCUCAUCGCCAAGGUCACCCAGAACCUGGCCAACUUCGCCAAGUUUGGCAGCAAGGAGGAGUACAUGUCGUUCAUGAACCAGUUUCUGGAGCACGAGUGGACCAACAUGCAGCGCUUUCUGCUGGAGAUCUCCAACCCCGAGACCAUCUCCAACACAGCCGGCUUCGAGGGCUACAUUGACCUGGGCCGCGAGCUCUCCAGCCUGCACUCACUGCUCUGGGAGGCCGUCAGCCAGCUGGAGCAGAGCAUUGUAUCCAAACUGGGGCCCCUGCCUCGGAUCCUGAGGGACGUCCACACAGCACUAAGCACCCCAGGCAGUGGGCAGCUCACAGGGACCAACGACCUGGCCUCCACGCCUGGCUCUGGCAGCAGCAGCAUCUCAGCCGGGCUGCAGAAGAUGGUGAUCGAGAAUGAUCUUUCUGGUCUGAUAGAUUUCACCCGGUUACCGUCUCCAACCCCCGAAAACAAGGACUUGUUUUUUGUCACAAGGUCCUCCGGGGUCCAGCCCUCACCUGCCCGCAGCUCGAGUUAUUCGGAAGCCAACGAGCCUGAUCUUCAGAUGGCCAACGGUGGCAAGAGCCUAUCCAUGGUGGACCUCCAAGAUGCCCGCACGCUGGACGGGGAGGCGGGCUCCCCGGCGGGCCCUGAUGCCCUCACCACCGACGGGCAGACACCUGCAACUCAGCUGGUGGCCGGGUGGCCGGCCCGGGCAGCCCCAGUGAGCCUGGCAGGGCUGGCCACCGUGCGGCGGGCAGGCCAGACACCGACCACGCCAGGCACCUCUGAGGGCGCACCAGGCCGGCCCCAGCUGUUGGCACCGCUCUCCUUCCAGAACCCCGUGUACCAGAUGGCGGCUGGCCUGCCGCUGUCGCCCCGCGGCCUUGGCGACUCAGGCUCUGAGGGCCACAGCUCCCUGAGCUCCCACAGCAACAGUGAGGAGCUGGCGGCUGCUGCCAAGCUGGGAAGUUUCAGCAGUGCUGCCGAGGAGCUUGGGCGGCGGCCUGGGGAGCUGGCACGGCGGCAGAUGUCGCUGACUGAAAAGGGCGGGCAGCCCACGGUGCCGCGGCAGAACAGUGCCGGUCCCCAGCGGAGGAUCGACCAACCGCCACCCCCACCACCGCCACCACCUCCUGCCCCUCGUGGCCGGACGCCGCCCACCCUGCUGAGCACCCUGCAGUACCCACGGCCCUCCAGCGGAACCCUGGCGUCGGCCUCGCCUGACUGGGCUGGCGCCGGAGCCCGGCUGCGGCAACAGUCGUCGUCCUCCAAGGGCGACAGCCCCGAGCUGAAGCCUCGUGCCGUGCACAAGCAGGGCCCUUCACCCGUGAGCCCCAAUGCCCUGGACCGCACGGCUGCUUGGCUCUUGACCAUGAACGCGCAAUUGUUAGAAGACGAGGGCUUGGGCCCAGACCCCCCCCACAGGGAUAGGCUAAGGAGUAAGGAGGAGCUCAGCCAAGCAGAAAAGGACCUGGCAGUGCUGCAGGACAAGUUGCGAAUCUCCACCAAGAAGCUGGAGGAGUAUGAGACGCUGUUCAAGUGCCAGGAGGAGACGACGCAGAAGCUGGUGCUGGAGUACCAGGCGCGGCUGGAGGAGGGUGAGGAGCGGCUGCGGCGGCAGCAGGAGGACAAGGACAUCCAGAUGAAGGGCAUCAUCAGCAGGUUGAUGUCAGUGGAGGAGGAGCUGAAGAAGGACCACGCAGAGAUGCAAGCAGCUGUCGACUCCAAACAGAAGAUCAUCGAUGCCCAGGAGAAGCGCAUCGCCUCACUGGACGCCGCCAACGCCCGCCUCAUGAGCGCGCUGACGCAGCUGAAAGAGAGUAUGCAUUAGAAACAAAAGCCCGCUUGCUCGCUUGCUGGAACACAGGGGCCUUUUAAAUUGAGCGUGCGCACUGCAUGGGAAAUAGCGGCCCUGGAGGAUGUUAGACUUGCUCCCUCUCCAAGACAGCAGCGGCCUGCACCAGGCCCCGUGUGUGUGGCGGCCUCCUCACCCUUCCCGGGCCCCCAGCCAAGGACCAGGCGCUGCACACAGGGGAGGGGCACACCCACAGCUGGGGCUGGUUUUCCUCAGCUCUAGGCUGUUCUGUAGCUUGUCAGCCUUCCCCGCGCCCCCUCGCGGGACACAGGUGGGCAUGAGCUUGGGUCUCUCGUCCCUCCCUGUUCCCGGCCCCGGCCUUGGGUGAUCUCAGGCAAGAGCUGGGUGUUUGCCCCGUGAUGGAGCUGGGCUAGGUGGGUCAGGAGCCGCCCCCUGCCUCUGCCUCUGCCUCUGCCUCAGGCAGCUGAGGAGACCCUUGGAAAGAGCUCUGAGCCCCUCUGCCCCUGGGGCUGGAGACACGCCGCCAGGGCCGGGCUCGCCCCAGAACCCACCAGGAGAGGUGUGGGGGUGUGGCCCAGACCCCACUGCGCCUGUCCAGGGCCUGUGCUCUGGGAGGGGGCUCUUAGCUGAAACCUGCAGUUUAUUUAGGCCAGAGACAUGCUGGUGGAGAGAGUGGGGCCACCAGGGGUCACAGACCUCAGGAAGGAAGGCUGUGGGGGCUGAGGCCCUUUCCCUGCUCCUGGCCACACAGGCAAGGCCUGGCCCCAGUGAUGUCCUCUAGUUCGGUCUCAUCCCCCCACUGCCCAGUGAGCCCUCCCCUCUUCCCCACCCUACCCCCUCCCACCGAUGCCUCGUAGAGCGACCUCGGACUGAGCGCCUCUUAGCAAUACAGGGGGAGGUUCCCAGGGCCCGGACACAGGCCAGGAGGCCAGCGCGGUGGCCAGCGCCGGCGGCCCUUGGCGCAGGUUGUGAGCUCUCAGGCCGAGAGCCUUAUUUACCUAGUG